GCGGAACCUGUUGUGACGAGCGAAGAAUUAACAGUUUUGAAAAAUUCUCAAUGUCCGAUUUCUUUCUCACUGUCAAAUGUGGAAAUUGAAGACGAAAGCCAAAUCAAAGUCAGUGUCAGUCACGAUGACAAACCAGUCGACAAAUUUGAAUUCGAAGUCAAGAAAGACGAAAAUGUUGCGGUGUUACAAAAGGUCAUUGAUGAGAUUGAACACGCAGAUGAAGGAUUAUACACAAUCGCAGUGGAAUACAAACACCAGAAAUUUGUUCACAAGAUUUCAGUCGCCGUUGUUGAUCCUGAGUUAACGGAAUCAGAGAAAACUGUGUUAUUGAGCGAAGAAAACACUUGUUUUGAAGUGACGUUCCCCGUUCCCUUCAUCGUUGACAAAGAAACAUUCGAUACAAAUGUUGAAGUCAAAGGCUGCGAUGAAUCACAACUGAGUCUUCAGGAAUGGAACUGCACAGAAGUGAAUGAAGAUUCGGAGAUCUCGUUGGUGAAAUGCGUAUUCAACGUGGACUCGCAUAGCGUCCUUGAAUUGGAUAACUUGCCGGUGGUUGAAGUUACUCUCUCGGACAAGGAGGGUUUCCGAAAACACUCGCUUGUCUGCAACCUUCUUGCCAGCGAACCGGUGCCCGUUGUGACCAAUGAAGAAAAAACUGUGCUUAAGAGCUCACAAUGUGCUUUGUCCUUCAAAGUUUCAAAUAUGGUCGUAUCAAAUGACAGCGACGUGAAAAUUCGAGUGUAUCACGAUGACGAACCAGUUGACAAUUUCACAAUUGAAGCCGACAGUGACAAAAACUCGUCAGUUGUACAGGUGUUGCUGAAGGAGAUUGAGAACAAAGAUGAAGGCAUCUACAGUAUUUCUGUCGAAUAUAAACGACAAAAAUAUGUUCACAAAAUUAGAGUGUCAGUUGUGGAACCAGUUGUAAGUGAAUCCGAAAAGACUGUCUUGCUAACUGAGGAAAAGAACACUAUCGAAAUUUCUUUUGCGGUUCCGUUCGUCGCAGAUAAGCAAAACUUCAAAACGGAUGUAGAAAUUAUUGGAUGCGACGAUUCGUUGCUUAGUCUGAGUGACUGGAACUAUUCCGAAGUUGACGAAGACUCAGAUACUUCUUUGAUCACAUGUGUGUUCGAAGUUGACAGUCCGAAAGUAAUGGAUUUGAAAGAUUUACCAAUCGUGAACCUGACAUUAGCUGACAAAGAGGGAUUGAAAAAACAUUUGCUGGUCGCCCAAUUUGAGACCAAAAUAGCAGAGCCGAUUUUGACUAGCGAGGAUUUGAAAGUAGUGAAAGACUCGCCUUGUUAUCUGUCUUUCAAGUUACCCAUUAGUUUCGUUGAUGAUGAAAAUGAAGUUCAAGUUACCGUUUACCACGAUGACAAACAGGUUGAGAGCUUCCUGGUUAACAAGGAUGAACAAAGUAACGCUACUUUCGUGCAAAAACUAAUUGAAGAAAUUGAAAACAAAGAUGAAGGCUUGUACACUAUUUCUGUGGAAUACAAACGACAGAAGUACAUUCACAAGAUAGCUGUAGCUGUUGUUGAACCCAAAUUUAGCGAAUCGGAGAAGACUGUAGUCUUGUCUGAAGCAAGCAAAACUGUCGAAUUGUCCUUCUCUGUGCCGUUUGAGGCUGACAAGACAAAUUUCAAGACAAACAUUGAAGUCAAAGGAUGCGAUGAGUCACUACUCACUUUGACCGACUGGAGUUGCUCAAUGAUAGAUGAAGAUUCAAACACUUCGCUGAUAACGUGUUUGUUCAAUGUGGAUUCGGAGCGCUUGCUGGAUUUGGUCAGCUUACCAACACUUGAAGUGACGCUUGCCGAUAAAGAAGGGCUCAGGAAACACUCUUUGGUCGCGUACUUCGAAACCGAAGUGCCCGAACCGGUUAUAUCAAGUGAAGAAAAACGAGUGGCUAAGCAUUCAACAUGUAAACUGGCAUACAGUUUACCCGUACUUGUAACUGAAGACGAUAGCAGAGUCAAGGUUACAGUAUACCAUGGCGAACAACCUCUGGACAGUUUCGUCGUGGAAGCGAACCAGCAAAACAAUACGACAAUCAUCGAGACAGUGCUGAAUGAAGUUGAUAAUGUCGACGAGGGAUUGUACACUAUUUCGGCCGAGUACAAGAGACAAAAAUUCAUUCACAAAAUUUCUCUCUCUAUAAUGGAACCAAAAAUCACCGAGACAGAAAAAACCGUGCUGCUGACUGAAGAAACAACUGAAGUUCAAGUUUCAUUUGCUACUCCUUUCGCUGCUGAUAAAGAAACGUUUGAUCUUACUGUGAAUGUCUCUGGUUGUGAUGAGUCAUUCCUAAGCUUGACGGAUUGGAACUGCUCGGAAGUGGACGAGGAAUCGGAUACUUCUCUGAUCACGUGUUCAUUCCACGUGAACUCUGGACAAAUCCUGGAUUUGGAACAACUUCCAUCUGUCAAUGUUAUUUUGUCCGACAGAGAUGGUGUCAGAAAGCAUUCUUUGCUUGCUAAUUUUGAAAUCCAAACUCCAGAGCCAGUUGAAACGAUGGAAGAAGUGAGGGCAAUGAAAAACUCAACUUGCAACUUAUCGUUUACGCUGCUCGACGUUGUUGCUGAAGAUGACAGUCAGAUUAAAUUUAAUGUCUACCAUGAUGACAAGCCAGUUGACACGUUCACUAUCAAUGCAAAUGAGGAAAACAAGUCGACUCUAAUUCAAUCACUGCUUAAUGAUGUGCAACCUAGUGAUGAAGGGCUUUACACUAUCACAGCUCAGUACAAACGGCAAACUUACAUCCACAAGAUUGCCGUCGCUGUCGUGGAGCCAGAAUUCAGCGAGUCAGAGAAAACGCUGCUCCUGACUGAAGAAACUACUGAUAUUCAAGUGUCUUUUGCCGUUCCAUUUGCUGCCGACAACAACACUUUUGGAGUUGUUGCAAAUUUCACUGGUUGUGAUGAGUCAUUGCUCAGUUUGGGCGAUUGGAACUGCUCGGAAAUCGAUGAGGAGUCGGAGACUUCUUUGAUCACCUGCUCAUUCAUUGUGGACACUGAUCGUGUAUUGAAACUAGAAGACCUUCCAGUUGUCGAUGUUACCGUUUCCGAUAGAGAUGGCUUCAAAAAGCAUACUCUCGCUGUGAAGUUCGAAGCCGAAACAUCGCUGCCAAUUGAGACUAAUGAAAGAUUGACAGUUUUGAAAAAUUCAAAAUGCAACUUGGCAUUCACGCUUCCAAACCUUGUGGACGAAGGCAACAAUCAAGCUGAAGUUACAGUGUGCCACGAUGAUAAGCCAAUUGAAACGUUCUCUAUCAAUGCGAAUGAAGAUGAGAAACUUACUCUAAUUCAAGCACUGUUGAAUAAUGUAGAACCUAGUGAUGAGGGGCUUUACACUAUAACUGUCGAGUACAAGAGGCAAAAGUACAUCCACAAGAUUGCAGUUGCUGUUGUGGAGCCAGAAAUCAGUGAGUCAGAGAAAACAGUGCUGCUGACUGAAGAAAAUACUGAAAUUCAAGUUUCUUUUGCCGUUCCAUUCGCUGCCGACAAGAAAACUUUUGAUGUUGUUGCAAAUGUCACUGGUUGUCAUGAGUCAUUACUCAGUUUGGCUGAUUGGAAUUGCUCAGAAGUUGACGAGGAGUCGGAGACUUCUUUGAUCACGUGUUCAUUCAAUGUGAAUACUGACUGUCUAUUGCAGCUAGAAGAGCUUCCCAUUGUCGCUCUUGCUUUGUCCGACAAAGAUGGCUUUAAAAAGCAUUCUCUUGUUGUGAAAUUCGAAACUGAAAAAUUGGUGCCAACUGAGACCGGUGAAGAAAUGACAGUACUGAAAAACUCAACUUGCAAUUUGUCAUUCACUUUGCCCGAUCUUGUGGUUGAUGAUAACAAUCAAAUUGAAGUUACUGUGCACCACGAUGAUAAACGAAUUGAAACGUUCUCUAUCAAUGCUAAUGAAGACGACAAAUCCACUCUAAUUCAAUCACUGCUGAAUGAAGUACAAUCUAGUGAUCAAGGGCUUUACACUAUCACAGUCGAGUACAAGCGGCAAAAGUACACCCACAAGAUUGCAGUUGCUGUUGUGGAGCCAGAAAUCAGUGAGUCAGAACAAACAGUGCUGCUGACUGAAGAAAGUACUGAAAUUCAAGUUUCUUUUGCCGUUCCAUUCGCUGCCGACAAGGAAACUUUUGAUGUUGUUGCAAAUGUCACUGGUUGUGAUGAGUCAUUACUCAGUUUGGCUGAUUGGAAUUGCUCGGAAGUUGACGAGGAGUCGGAGACUUCUUUGAUCACGUGUUCAUUCAAUGUGAAUACUGACUGUCUAUUGCAGCUAGAAGAGCUUCCCAUUGUCGCUAUUGCUUUGUCCGACAAAGAUGGCUUCAAAAAGCAUUCUCUUGUUGCUACUUUUGAAACUGAAACAACCGAGCCCGUUGAGACCUGCGAUGAUGUAAAGGCUUUGAAGAACUCAACUUGCAAUCUGUCGUUCAUUUUACCCAGCAUUGUUGCUCAAGAUGACAGUCAAUUUAAUGUUUCUAUUUACCACGAUGACACGCCUCUUGACGCUUUCACUAUCAACUCCAACAAAGAAGACAUGUCAACUCUUAUUCAGACCCUGCUGAGUGAGGUUCAGUCUAGUGAUGAAGGAAUCUACACCAUCAAUGUCGAAUACAAGAGGCAAAAAUACAUUCACAAGAUUGCAGUCUCUGUUGUCGAACCCGAAAUAAGCGAGUCAGAAAAGACGGUGCAACUGACGCCUGAAGCUACUGAAAUUGAAAUUUCGUUUGCUGUACCUUUUGCCGUACUGAAGCAAACAUUUGACGUCAUUGCAAAUGUCAAGGGUUGUGACGAAUCAGCCCUUAAUUUGGUCGAAUGGAGUUGCUCGGAUGUGGAUGAGGUAUCAGAGGCUUCUCUGAUAACAUGUUCUUUUAUUGUGGACACUGAUUAUCUUAUGAAGUUGGAACAACUUCCGGUUGUCAAUGUUAUCUUGUCCGAUGUAGAGGGCUCCAAAAAGCAUUCGCUCCUUGCCAAAUUCGAAGCCGAAAUACCUGAGCCCGUUGAGAGCAGCGAAGAAUUGACAGCUUUGAGGAACUCAACGCGUAGUUUGUCAUUUACGCUACCUAACAUUGUUGCCACUGAUGAAAAUCAACUUAAAGUUACCGUCUACCACGAUGACAAACCAGUUGACACUUUCUCUGUUAAUGCAAAUGACGAAGACAAGUCGACUCUAAUUCAAUCACUGCUGAAUGAAGUACAAGCUAGUGAUGAAGGACUCUAUACUAUCACAGUCGAUUACAAACGGCAAAAGUACAUCCACAAGAUUGCAGUUGCCAUUGUGGAACCUGAAUAUAGUGAAUCUGAAAAAACUGUCCUGCUUGCGGAUAACUGCAGCGUUGUCGAGAUUGCAAUUGCGCUUCCUUUCGUUGCUGACAAACAGACACUCGAUGCUAAAAUUGAAAUCAAGGGCUGCGAUGGGUCUUUGCUCAGCCUGGUGGAUUGGAAUUGCUCAGAAUGCGAUGCGGAUUCAAACACUUCGUUGGUGACUUGCGUUUUCAACGUGGAGUCUCAGCAAGUUCUGGAGAUGGAUACUUUGCCGAUUGUAGAAAUUGUAGUCUCCGAUAAGGAUGGGUUCCGAAAGCACUCGCAAAUAACAACAUUUGAGACCCCUGCUGUCGAGCCAAAAGAGAGCCAAGAAGACGUGGUUGUACAAAAGAACUCGCCGUGUACGCUGAAGUACAAGGUACCCUUAGACAAACGUGUGAACCCUGAUGACCUUAACGCACAGUUCACUCGCAAUGGCGAACAGAUAAAGGAUUUCAAGGUCGAAUCUGUUUCGGAAACGGGAGAAGUGUUCAUCAUUUGGAGCAUUGAUGAAGUUGAAUUUAAUGAUGAAGGAAUUUAUGAGGUGCAAGUAGAAUUCAAGAGGCAGAAAUUCGUACACAAGAUACAACUAGCUAUUGGUGUGCCCCCAACAAUCACUGAGCCGGAGAAUGACUACUCGCUGGAACAAGUGAAUGUGGGAGAACCUCUCUGCGUACAGGUGCAGUUCGCUUCCUGUUGCUCCUACGAUCUCUCCUGGACAGUCGACGAGAAAGAGCUUCCGACGGAGGAGAUUGUGACUGAGGAAACGGACACUCCACACCUGUUCUGGGCCAAACUGCAGUCGGAGUGUGCCUCUCUGGAACACCACGGCACCCACUGCAUCCAAGUGACCAACCCAUUCGGACAGUCCCAAGUCACUGUCAACGUCAUGAUCACAAACGUGAGUGAGAGUGUUGAUGCCAUGCCAAUUGUGACCACAGAAGGAAUAGAUGUCACUCGAUUCAGAACACAGGCAGACUUCACUGAGCUGGAAGAUCUGAAGUACGCAAAACACAUGCCCAAAACAUUCAAACAAGGACGAGCCAGGACCACAGACACGCAGUCUGAGAACAUUCUGGACGAAACCGAAGAGUUCACGCCUGAAACCAGUGACAUCAUAACUACAGAUGGAGUAGAACAAAUGGCGGUCGAGGAGCGAGAGACGGCGACUGCCGAACAAUCUCUGCUUUUAGUUGAAGGUGUGAACAAACUUGCCGACGAUGAACAUUUGAUGACCGAAGACGCGGAGUCGGUUGAAGAUGAAUCUCACAAUGAGACCACUGCUGAGUGUGAUCUGCUUAAUGAGAACGUCGGCCAAGUUGCCUUUACAUCACAAAACGUGACACAAGGGGCUCCUGGACGGCAAAGUCCGGAGAGCAUGGGUGAGAGAGCAGAUAGUUUUGAGACCGAACACUUCUCGACUCUCAUUGUGGACGAAGAUCGUAGAAGGAGUUCAAAUGACAGCGAAAAGGAUAUAAUCAGCUAUCUUUCAACGGACGAUAAGGAAAGAAAUGUAAUCGAAAGCACUCAAGCUGUGGUUAGAGCGGUUCCUAUGGAAAGUUCUCAAUUAUUGACUCGACUGAGAGAAGAGGUGGUUAUGCCUAUGGAUUUCGGAGACAACCGAACAGGUUCCGGCUUCUCAGACAACACACUUCGUAUGCUCUUCAACGGCGACGAAAAACGAAGUCAAAUCAGUGCCGGUGAUUUCUCGGAAACUGAAAUGCACAGUUUGUUGACUUUCUUAAGUGGACAGUCGCAUUCCGAUGGAGUAUUUUACUCAAAGUCGAUUUUGGACUUGCUCCAAAAUGACGAGAAGAAACCAGUUACUGAAGCAAGGGCAAUUGAAGGCGAUAGCGAAUGGGCCAAUGUUAACGGACCUAUUGAGUCGCAUCAAAUGGCGUUGUCGGCGGAAACCUUCCAAGUAAGAGAAACAUCGAGUGUAGUUGCGGAGGAGUCAACUGUCAUUUUGGGACUUGUAUCAAGACCCGAGCAAGUGCCAAUUCUUGCUGAGCAAGGAAAAACCGAGCCCAUUGCCUGUGAAAAGAAAGAAACAAUUCAAGUAUCAUGCGCUGAAACAGGGGCUGUUGCUGCUGAGCAAGAGGCUCAAUCUUUCUCGCGAUUAAGAGUAUCUCUCUUGAGUAAGAUCACAGGAGCUACACUAAGCGCCUCUGAAAUCAACAAAACCUCGCCACAAUGCGAAUUGUCGGAAUUCACCAGUAAAUGCUUACUUGGCAAGCACUGCAUAAAUGGUUCAGAGCUCAAGAAUCUUUGUGACUCCGCGCCUGUUAUGUGUAGUCAAUGCACAAAGCGAGACAUCCUUGAACUGAGCGAAGUUGGUAGAACUCUGGAAGCUCUUGGAGCUGGACUAAGAGCAGCUUGGAUUGGAGUUGCGCUUCAGAGCACCCAACUUCCUUCUGGACUCGAAAAUGUCAGCUGGAGUGUACCUGAAGAAAAGCAAAUUGAAAUCAUGAGUGAAAUCGCAGAGACUUCUGAAGCUAUCAGAGCAAUCCUCUCGCGAGCUCUGAUUUUGGUCAGCGCCGAGCAGAAAGAGCAACCUGAUGACGCCUACUGGAUUCGAUUGCGAGAACUUAUGAGACCCAUUGUUCUGAAACAGGCAAUCGAGGUUGAGCAAAUUUUCAACGACGCACAGCCUGAUUUACGAGAUGAAACAGCCAAGCCGCAGUUUACAGCCGUGGCUCAAGUAGAAGAGAAAAUGUUUAACUGGAUUAGGCUAAGAGAAAAAAUCGAUCUCAAAAUCGAAACAAUAACUGGACAACUUUGUAUCGAGCCAAAGAACGAAUUUGAGUAUUCGUUGACUGAAGAUACGAACCUUGACAACAAAGUUUUGGAGUUCCUGAUUGAAUUCGGAAUGCAACAAUGGAUGAACCCGGAUUCUGUCCGAGACAACCACACUUUCGACUAUUUUGUCAAAGAGAAAGUGGAAGUUUCCACGCGACAGAGCCGCGACGCAAUUGUCCAGCACGAGAAAGCCAAAGACUUCGCCCAUAUUGAGAACGACCAAGACCGAGUGUCGGCAGAUCAGUUCGGCGAGGAAGGUGUCGCUGACAUUGACCCGAGGGAAGUCGUGGCGUACUGCAACGAGCAAGAACACGCUCACAAAUUUGCGCCUCUUGAAUUUUUGGACGAAGAUUUGGUCAAUGAAAUGGAUUCCAAAGAAUGGUCCAGAAAAUACAGGAAGGAAGUUUUCACAAUUCAGCAAGCGGCGUUGACUGACAGUGCCAGAAGCAAAGUUGCUCUUACGCUGAAAGCGGCUGCUGAAAGUGGGAAUCUAGGCCAGCAGUCUGCGGAAAACAUGGAAGCUCCUCAAAAGGAUGGGUGCGAAAGUAGUGAAGUGAAGGGCGGAGCAGACCAGAAAAUGGGCGAAACCGAAAUGCAAAAGCUUCUCGGAAUCAGUUCCGAAGUUGACUUAGAUUGGGCCCGGCCUCGGGAGGAGUUUGUCGAAAUGCCAGAUGCACAGCCUUUUAAUGCUGUUGCUGAAUCUUUGGGAGUUACUAGUCUGGAAAUGCGAAUGGGUCUGCCAGUUAUGACUGACGAGACCCACGCCUGGAUCCGACCUCGCGAAACCGAAGUAGAAGUGCAGUAUCCAAACGAAGUUCCAGGAGAACAGUCUUCAUUUGAAGCCAAAAUACCUGGUGUCGAGCCAAAACCGAAGGUCAAAGGCAGGUCGCUCCCAAGUGAAGACAUGGUUUGGAUCCGAACACGAGAAAAGUGGGAGGAAGAACCGGAAGUUGCCGAAGAAGACUGUCACGUGGUGACGAUUUUAUAUGAAGAGUAUCAAGAGACGAUGAAGGAACUGAUGUUAGGAUUAUGCAAAGAGGAAGAGGUCUAUCCAUUCUUGGCCAGACUCCGAGAGAAAAUUGCUGAGCAAAUAAUAGAAGAGCCAGAACCGGAAAAUUGCUCGGCCGAGGAAAUUUUCAGCCAAUUGGAAACCGAGAAAGCGCGAAUUUUCAGUGAAAUGAUCGGAGGAACUGCACAGAAUAAACAACUAGUCCACUCUUGGUUCGACUGUCCCUUAACGAUCGAGGAAAUCGAAACAAUAUUGAGCUCUAACUUCGUGAAAUACAUUGCAGGAGAUAAUGAGUUGGCGGAUUUGUUGCUGUAUAGAACGAUCUGCAAGCCUAAAGAAGUUGUCCAAGAAUGGAUUCGAACCCGUGAAGGCCAACAUUGUGAUUCAGUUAAGGCGAGAGGAACCGAAGCGUUCUCGACCAUAAGUGCCGCUAAUCUCUUCUUUGACAGAAAAGCAUCUACACUGAUUGGAACUGGGCACCAGGCGGAAAUUGAUGAGAACUGGAUGAGAACUAGAGACAUGACCGACUAUGAAAGAACACGUAAAGUUGAAGAAGUUGUUCACAAAACUCUGGCUAGACAUGUUAUCUCUUUGAGCAUUCUGAACCAGCUCGCAAAAGCGAGGGAGACAGCUAUUAACACAGGACGAGUGAGAGAGACGGUUCAAGGUUCAUUCACGAUUGCCGAACAGGCAAUUAUCAAAGAGUACAUCGAGUUCCCAGCUGAUCAAUCUGACAAAAAGGACCCGAGAAAAGACAUGAUUUGCAUGGGUCAAGAAGACUCCAAGGAGUGGAUCAGGUUGAGAGAGAGCAUCCGAGCAACUUUUGUCAAACUUGCUUUGGAAGUCAACGGUCCUGGCGACUUUACUGAUCUUGUCAUCGAAUGUAUCAAUGACAUUCAAGGACUUGGAAAAGAACAAGAAGUGGCACCAGAAGUACAAGCUGACUGGGCUAGACCAAGAGAGAAGUACCUUACUAACCUGGUGAAAUCUGGACUUGCAACUGUCGCUUUGUUGGACAUCUGGGAUAGAGCUUUGGAUAUUAAGGACACCAGAGGUGUAAGUGAUGUUGAUCACGUUGAUGCCAAAUGGGCCCGACCGCGUGAGUCAAUUAUUGUUGCGCUGAUCCGAGUUGAGCAAUGCGACGCCGUUCCAAAGAACCGAGUGAAAGCUGAUGGCGACAAUCAAAUGUACUUAGCACGAGCCACAGAGGUAAGUCUGUCCCUCCAAGAAUCCGAAGAGAUGCAAGCUAAAGCCGAAGUAAUUGCAGAUGCGGAAUGUUGCGACAAAAUGUCUGCCGAAGGUUUGGUUGAGAGCACCAAACCCACAUCAGAAAUUGUUCUGGCCCGCUCUAGAAACGAUGAGCCUGAAGAUACAAGUGAAUUGGAGACAAAGGACACUCGAGACAAUGUCUCUAUGUCAGAGACUGAACAACCAUUAGCUGCUAAGAUGACAAAGCUGCCUAAAAUGGAAAUCGAGAAGUAUGAGUACAGUGUGAACGAAAAGGAUUUGCUCGAAAUUACCAUCACUGUUGAUGAAAUUAUUGACAACGCAGACUUGAUUCAAUUCAAACACUACCGCGAAACAAUUUCGAAGGCCGACGGAACGGUUUAUGAAAUAUCGAUUGUGCCGAACAAAGAGACAAGUACUACUGAGAUUAAACUAUAUAUCAAGGACUGCAAUCCUGACGUCAUCGGAAACUUCGCAUGUUUCUAUACUUCUGCAGUAGCUGAAGUUGGUUUGGGAUUCUCGGUUGCAAUUAAUUCUGAAGAGAAAGUUGAAAUCGAAGAAAAUGGUGAUCAGGAGGUCAAGGAGUCUAUGGAGGUUCCUGAAGAAAUUGAGGACCUUCCCGAAGAUGUCGAAGAAGAGAAAGAAACUGAGGAUGAGGUUAAAAUGGACGAAAUUGUCGAAGAAGACGUGGAGGAUGAAAUCGAGCUGAAAGACGAAGCUCAAGAAGCAGAAGAAUUAAAAGAAACUAUGGAAAACAAAGCAGACGAAGAAACUCAGGAAAAGUUGGAGGCUCCUGAAGAUGAAGUUUCGGAAGACUUUGAAGAAGAAAAAGAGCCAGAAGAUAACCAGGAGCAACCGGCUGAUGAGGUCACUGAAGAGGAUGUUAAUGACGAGCUGAAGGUUGAAGAGCAGACCGAGGUUGCCGAGGAACUGAAAGAAGCAAUUGAAGACAAGGCAGAUGAAGAAACAAAGGAGGAAAUGGAGGUUCCUGCGGAAGAAGUCACCGAAGAAAAACCAAAAGACGAAACUGCAAAAGAAGAAGAAACGCCUGAACUGAAGGAAAAAGACGACGAAGAAAUUGAAGAAAAGCUAGAAAUUGAAGAAGAGACCAAAGAAAUGGAGCCAGAAGAUGAAGAACUAGACGAUGAAGUUAAAGCAGAAGAAGUUGCUGAUGAAGAAGCGAAGGAUGAAAUCGAGGAAGAACAAGAAGAGCCUGAACUGAAGGAAAAAGAAGAGGAAGAAGUUAAAGAAAAGCUGGAAAUCGAAGAAGAGACCAAAGAAGUCGAGCCAGAAAAUGAAGAUGAAAAAGAUGCAGAUGAAGUAGCCGAGGAAGAAGCCAAGGAUGAAAUCGAGCAGGAAGAAGAAAAACCUGAACUGAAGGAAAAAGAGGAGGAAGAAGUUGAAGAAAAGCUGGAAAUCGAAGAAGAGACCAAAGAAGUCGAGCCAGAAGAUGAAGAAAUAGACGAUGAAGUUAAAGCAGAAGAAGUUGCUGAUGAAGAAGCGAAGGAUGAAAUCGAGGAAGAACCUGAACUGAAGGAAAAAGAAGAGGAAGAAGUUGAAGAAAAGCUGGAAAUCGAAGAAGAGACCAAAGAAGUCGAGCCAGAAGAUGAAGAAGUAGACGAUGAAUUUAAAGCAGAAGAAGUUGCUGAUGAAGAAGCGAAGGAUGAAAUCGAGGAAGAACAAGAAGAACCUGAACUGAAGGAAAAAGAAGAGGAAGAAGUUGAAGAAAAGCUGGAAAUCGAAGAAGAUACCAAAGAAGUCGAGCCAGAAGAUGAAGAACUAGACGAUGAAGUUAAAGCAGAAGAAGUUGCUGAUGAAGAAGCGAAGGAUGAAACCGAGGAAGAACAAGAAGAACCUGAACUGAAGGAAAAAGAAGAGGAAGAAGUUGAAGAACAACUUAAGGUUGAUGAAGCGGUUAAAGAAACGGAACCAGAAGAUGAAGAAAUAGAUGAAGAUGUGGAAAAGAAAGAAAUUCCUGACCAGGAGCAACCUAAUGAUAAACCUGCUGAAGAAAUAGCAGGCGAGGUUGAUGAGAAACUAGAAGAGAUUUUUGACGAGGAGACGAAAGAAAAAGUUGAGGUUCCCGAGGAUGACACUCCUGAAGAGGCAGAACCACUUGACGACGAUGUACUAGAAAUCAAAGAAAAGGAAGAGGAAGUGAACGAAAAUGACCUGGAUGUCGAAGAGGAAAAGUCUGAGGAGCCAGAAGAAGAAGUCGAGGAUGAAGUUGAUCCAGCUAAACAACCAGAAGUUGAAACUCCAGUUGUGGAAGAUGCUCCAGAAGCCAAAGAAACUGAGGAAGAAGAGAGCAAAGAAGAACUGACAAUUGAAGAAGAAAAGCUCGAAGAACCCAAAGAGGAACCAGAAGAGAAAUCAGAAGAACCAGAAGAGGAGAUUCCACAAGAAGUUAAAUCCUCAAAGGAGCCGGAAGAAAACGAACAAAAGGAACUCGCUGAUGACGACAGGUCAAUAACUUCAGUGGAAGAACUUGAGAACCUAAUGCAAAUAGCGCGCACCGAAUCUUUUAGUGAGCAUAGUUUUGAUGAGACAAAACGCAUGGAACCGAUUGAUAGACCUUUGCAAGUUCCUGUCUAUGAAGAGCAGCCCCAAGAAGGGGCUAACAUUGCCAAUGCUAGUAUCUUGGACGCAGUUCAAAUAAUGCAAGCUGAAAAGGAAGAUGUUCUUAGGUCUCAGGACUUGGUUGCUAUCAAGAUUGACAUCGAACAAGAUAAAGCCAAACCAGUUCCAGAUGAUCUUUUGACAAAGCUCAUUGCCGAAGAUAGUUGGGGAUUCAGAAAGCUUAAACCAAUUCAGCCAGUUCCCGAACCAAUUGUUUUUGAGAAACCGGAAACCUGCGAAUCGCCAGUUCCCGAAGUCAUGAAAGUAGACUUGAGGAUCAGUGAUCGAAAUCUGCCAGAGCACAAAAUAUUUUCGGAGCAAAACGUGCAGAUUAAGAUUGCUGAUAUGCAAGGAGUUGAAAAAAUUAUCACUUCGCAAGAGCAUGUAGAAAUCCGAGUUCUAGACAUGGAGCCACUACCUGUAGAAGACACAAAGCUUCACAUCAACAUUCAAGACAGAUCUCCCAGUGAGCAAGUGAUUGUCCAGUUAGAACAUUCUGAAACGUCAAGUGUCUUAAGCGAAGAUCGGGUGCUAUUGACUAUUGAGAGCCAAGAAGUACUCCGACCAGCCGAAUCUGUCAAUCUCGAGAUCAAAACACAGAACAUGGAUGCGUUGCCAUCUGUUGAACCAGUUCAUAUAAGUAUUGAUACGACUAGCGAGAGAAGCAGCGAGGUUGUUUCUUCUGAUUUCGCCACUGUUUCUGUCUACCAAGAAGAGGAAAGCAAAUUCGAAGACUUCGAGGAUACCGUCAACGUUCUUGCAGUGCCUCGAGAAUCGGUUAUGAUCAGUGUCGACAUGGAAUCUACGCGAGUUGCCGACAAAGGAGACUUGGCAUGCGUAAGUGUCCAAAAUGUAGAGAGCAUUGCACUUACUCCCAGAAGCGAGGACGGGAGCUUAGAACUUCUGGCGGUUCCGCAAAAUGGUGUCAGCAUUGCGUUUGACCUAACUGACGAAGAGCAUAAUGUGGAACAUAAGAAGUAUGCCGAGAUCUCUGUAUCACAACGCGAAACUCAGCUGAUUGCAGUGGAUGAACAGAUUUCGAUGCUGGAAAUUUUGGGCAAGGGAAGCGAUGUUGAGAAUGUAAACAUUUCAGUUCUCACCGAAGAAUGUGAAAUCAAACAAAGUGGUCCCAAUACUUUAACGUCUGCCAGUGUUUCGAAUGUGAACAGAUUUGAUGUCAAUGUUGAUGAGCAUAUCAACACGCUAGAGAUUUUGGCUAAAGGAUGCGAACAGCAGGAGAACGUUAACAUUUCGAUCCAAACAGAUGACUGUCUGAUUUCAAGCACAAGGUCAGAUAAGGCAAUUGUCAGCGUAUCUGAAGCUGAGUUCAAAGAGUUCUUUUCGACAAACUCUGAGCAAAUUUUGGCGUCAUGCAAGCCAGUUGUUAACAUUUCUUUCAAAAUGGAAACCCUUUCUCACAUGGAAGCAAUCGAGGAAGAUUCAGAGUACCAGUUCCUGGACUGUACCAACUUCAAACCAGACAAAUACUACUCAGAAGUGGCGAAAGAAAUUCAAGCUUUGAGUAGAAGUUCACUGGUGCUUGUUGCCGAAAGUGCAACUGAACAAUCGGAGAAUCUGAAAUCUCACCCGAACAAUUUCUCUCUAGUGAAAGUCGAUGUUAGCGAGGAGAAAUGCUCCGUUUUCUCAGAAGAUGUUGUAAAAGCACGUACUUGGAUCACAGAGGAAACAAGUAAGAAGAUUAAUGAAGUUAGUUAUUAUCAGAAGCAGUCCUUGGAAAACUUCCGAGCCCUGUCUUCCAAUGUUCUUCCUUUCGUGCAGGCUUCGGCAGCAACUGAAACGCGAUCAUGGUUGGAUUGUCUGGACAAAAUGGUCGAAAAAGUGUCAAUAACGACGAACAUUGAGAAUGUAGACAAGCGACAACAUCUGAGAGAUGUUCUUUAUAACUCUGUCCAAAGAGAUGUAUCGCUUCUCGGAUCCCAGUAUGCACAAGACGCUGAGGUGUGGUCUACAAUUGACGGCUCAGUUAAAAAAUCAAAAUUGAUUCACGGAUGUUGCCUGAGCACACGAUCUGCGAUGGGAUUCUAUUGCGCAGUUGUUCUUCGAAACAUCCUUCAGGGUAAGUCUGUACAAGAUGUUAUCGAAUGGCACGAGGCUAGUUUGGAUGUCCUGGAUAUGGCCAGACCUGGACUCCAAUCGACCAUGAAGGUUCUUGCUUCCCUUGUCCGACACCUUGAAGACUCUUCGAGCUACGAGAUCUCAGAGCUCACGGCCGAUAUUUUUGAACAGUUGACUGAACUAGGAACUCCGAGAGCAGAAGAGACGCGCCCGGAAAGUCCAGCCGUCAGCGAAAAUUCUGAACAUGGAAUGGUUGAUGAGCAAUUGAACAGUACAGCUCCUGAUAAUUUCCCGCCCGUUUUUACCUCCCCACCCAUUGGCGAAGUGGUUCUCAAAGCUGGUGACGAUUUCUCUGCUGAACUAUUUGUCGACUGCCCGCCAAACCGAACUUCAAUUCAGAUCUCAAAGGACGGUCAUCGAUUCUACGAACCGAGAAAUGUGCAUAUCGAUAUUCACUACGCGACCAGAGGUGUCGAUAUUAAAGUGCAUUUGUUUUCAGUAAGCCAGGAGAAUUGUGGUUUAUACGAAGUCAAGGCCGAAAACGGAGAUGGAACUGACCUUGCCAGCUUUUCAGUUAAAAUUGAGUCAGACGUUGCGGAAACAGAUGCUGUGGAAAUGGCAGCUAAAGGAAGGAAGCUAAAUAAUGACAAUGAUUUGGAAUACGGACACUAUGAGCCAGUUAAGUUUGAGAUGAUUGAUUCUCAAACGGAAGAUGAAGAUGAAGAAGGAUUUGGGUUUGCGGAUGACACGGACUCUGUCAUCACAGAAAGUGCUGCUUCUCAAGUGUCGGAACCCGCUCCACUGUCUGACUUGACUAAUUUAACUCAAAAUGACAUGGAAACGUUCAUUGAGUUCCCGAAACAGAUUCUAUCAACUGAAUUGAACUCAAACCAGAUACCCGUUUCUUGCUUUUCGUUUGCGUCCAAUUUGUGCAAAGACUCGGUCAACCAAGUUUUUGACCUCAUCAAUGAAGUUCAAAGUAUUAGCUCAAGAGUUGAAUCCCCUAUUCAGCAAGUUCAAGAAGACCAAACGCAAAAUAUAGUCGAGAAGGUACACAUUGAAAUCAAAACAGAAGCUACCCCUAAGCAGCAAAUGUUAUCGUGGGAAAAUCUUUUGUCGGUUGGUAUGCAAGAACGGUUCAUGCAGACAUCUUCUAGCGAAGUGAAGAGGUCGUCCUUUGAAAAUGCGAGAGCAACUGAAUCACAAAACGAUGUCGAGGCAAUGUCCGACUCUUCAGUCGAGCUUCUUCCUCAGAGUACGACUAACUUGAACUCGAUGCCUACUGUCUUACACCCUAUUGCAAUGAGAUCUUCGCCUACAAACGCGAUGAGGCCUGGAGUUGUAUCUCAACAUGAAACGAGUUCUCUAGCAUCGUCUAGGAGUAACUCACCAUUGGUUUGCGAAGAGGUGCAACAAGUGUUGCAGAAACAUUUUGGAUCCGAAUCUCUUUUAGCAUCGAAGGAAAAUCAGAGAGAGUUGAACCGAAGCAAUUGCAGUACACCGUUUUCCGAGAGUGCGCCGGAUUCCAAAUUUGUGGACUGGUGCGAAGUGCCUAUAAUGGGAAGUCCGAAACCUCUCAGGACUUAUUCAAGUGGAUCUGUUUUCUCAUCUACUGAGAACGUUCACGUACUGAUUCAGAUUUCUGAUAGAUCUUACACCGGAGGCAAAAUUGCCAUUGACGAUCUGGGUAAUAUCUGCAAUGCGACAGUCCGAGCUCCCAAGUAUCAGUCAAUUGCGAAAGCACAGAAACCAGUUUUGAAGGGAAGCAUCCAAUGGCCUAGUUUGAACCAGGGCUCAGAACCAGUGGUUGAGCAUAAACCAGCGACCGUGUUCAAGGUUGCACCUCGCAAAGGCUUUGUGAAACGUCGCAGACCCAACAAGGGAUCGCUUGAUGGAAGCAGCUGGAGCGUCUCUACUGGUGAUUCAUACGAAAUGAUUCCCAGUAAUUGGUUGAGCAAUAUGUCUCUAAAUUCACUGUUAAACGAAUAUCCCAACUUGGAAGCGCCUCCCGCAGUUCUAACACAGUACCCAUCUACGGUCGAAAUUCGAGAGAACAACGACAUUCGACUCAACGUGAGGGUUGCUGCUUCUGAUGACUGCAAAUAUCUGUGGUACAAGAACGGGAAGCCUCUGAGAUACAGCUCAAGGCUGAAUGUCAAUGUCGAUGACCAUAAAAACGGAACCAAGACUGCUUCUCUAUUGAUCAAGAACUGCUCGCGUAACGACACGGGAAGUUAUCUGCUGAGAAGCGUGAACGAAUUCGGAGAAGAGAGAAUUCAAACUAAAAUUGAAAUCGAGCAAAAAGAAGACGUUUUUGACUGUCCCCCUGAGCAGCGAUUUGUGUCCGAAAUUGGCGUUCAUUUUACCGACGAUAUCGCGAAAUCAAAACUAAACACAUUGAUCAAGGUCAUUUCAGCAGAUUCACUGAGUGAUUUAGACGACGACGAUGAGCUUAUUUUCCCAAUAAGAAGUGCGGAAAGCUUGGCUCCUGUUAGCGCCGAGCGAAUUUUGAACAAAAUUGACCAGACUCUUAAGAAUACCUGGACAAGCCAAAGCAUAACCGCAUUGCUGGACGAUUAUAGAAAUAUCCCUCAGGCACCCCCAGUGUUCUUGUCUGAGCUGCCAGAACAAAACUAUCUUAAAACUGGAAACAAUGUUCACAUCGCUGUUAAAAUUGCAGCCGACCCAAACAGUAAUUUAGUGUGGAAAAAGGACGGCCAUGAGUUGCCAAACGAUUUGCAGAAGUUUAGAGUGAACGAUCAGCUGAAAUGGCAGCACCAGUACAGCUCGUUAAUGAUUAUGAACGCUGAUGAAAACGAUACUGGAAACUACGAAUGCAUUGUGCGAUCCAGCAGCCAGGCAAAUCUUUCCAACUCAGUGUCGACUAAGAUUACAAUCAAUGACGAAGCUUGUGCUUGCCCACACGAAAAAGUAUCAAUCGGAGCUGAUAUUUCUAGAAAUGAAAUUGUGCGAAGAAUCAGAAAUAAUGUCAAGAUUGUCAUUCAAUGCUUUGACCAGAGGUGCAAACCUCUUAAAUCUUCUUUGAGAACCAAGGCUUUUGACGAACUGAGUGACAGUUCCAUGGAGAAUUGCAUCGUUUACGCCAAGACUUCCGAGACUCUUGAAUGUCAUAUGCCUAAGAUGGGAUCCGUCCGAAGCCAGAAAAAGAGCUUAGAACGUGUCUACGUGCAACCCCAGGAAGUGUACCAAUCGUCGCUGAGUAUUCCUGAAAGAAAUCCAUCGGAUGAUGAGAAUUAUGAGGAGCAGCACUCGGAUUUGGUCGAACUUUACUGCUCGGAACUGAAAACGGACGUCGAAGUUUUCAAUGAUGCUCUUGGUUACUCUUCAAGACUCGAUAUUGCGCGAGAAGAGUUUGUCGAGCUUAAGGAAGCCCCGAGAUCAGAAGCAAAUUUCUAUGUUAACGAAGUUGCAUAUGCUACUCUAGAAAGCGAACACAAUCACGAUAAGUUUGAAUCGCUGCCUAAAUCAGCGAGCAGAAGAAGAUCGAGUACUAAUGUGUUCAUGGCGGAGCUCGAAAAAGUCAUGGUCGAGCUUAAGCAGGAGACAGCAACAGAAUUAACUACAGAUAAAAUCGAACAAACCGAGGAAGCUAAAGCAGAAACUAUGCAACAAAUCAUUGAUAGUGUUUGCAACAUCGCUUCAAUUGAGUUAGAACCCGAGUCUGCUCCUGAAGAACAAGUUUUUGAGCAAUUGAGGGACCAGGAAACUCUGGAUCAAGCUGAAAUUCAGGAAGACGAAUGCUUGCCUUUAUACGAGGAAUCUAUUGCUUCUGGAAUCCAGAUUCAAAUUAAUGCUGCAAGCAACGAAGCGAGUCCUGCGUCAUCGUACGACAACUUAGACGACUGUGAAACGACAAGUAGCUCGGUCACAGAGCAAGAAGCGCCUCUGGAGUUGAACUCCGAGAUGCCUGAAUGCAACCAAAUCCACAGUCUAUGCCAGCCUAUGUCUGGACAAAUGAUGCAACUGAGUCUUGAAACCAUUUCAGAAGAGGCAUUGUCAAGCCGGGAAUCUCUAAAUACUAUCACCGCUUCGACAUCCGUGACGAGUUUGCAGACAGCGACUGCUGCAGAACCAAUAGUCGAGUCAUGUGCCGCUGAAGUUGUAGAAGAUCUACCUGAACCCAGUUCGCCUUACGAGAAUUUGAAUUCGCCAAUUGCUGAAUUUGUCGAUCAAAAUGAUGUCACUACUCAACAAGAACCUCUUGAGAGCUCAGCGGUAGAGCAAAUUGUAGAUAGCGUUGCUGCGAGUGCAGAACUUCCGGAGUUCGAUUUCUGCAAUGAUAUAAAUGAUACGGUUUCCGAUAAUGACGAAGAAUGCACUUUUGAGGAAGCUGUCACACAAGAGACUAAUUGCGUUGCGAGUGAGCAAACUAUUCCUGUGCUGAAUAGCUCAGUUUUAGAGAAUAUUGAAAGCAUUGAGUCAUUCGCCGAAGAUUUAGACUCCAGUCUUUUAGAAUCUUCAGUAGCGGAGACCUGUGCUUUUGAUGGAGAAAUUGUCAAGGAAUCCAGUUCAGUUGUUGAAGUAAAUGUGAAUGUUCAUGAAAAAAGCUCCGAGAAUUUUGUCCAAGCAAUGGAAGAGGAUGCUGAGCAAGCUCGAGAUAUCUCAGAAAUCAAAUCCGAAGUUGCACAGUCACUUAAUGUUGAUGAAUUGGACAAAACUAGCGACGGAGAAUCUGUGAUGGCUUUGGCUAAAUCAGAAGAAAAAUCCGAACCCUGUCUUACAUCUUCAAUUGAAGAAAUUAGCGCUAUUGAGGAAACAGUGCCUGCUCUAAAAACCGAAGAUCAUGCAGCCGAUUUAAGCAAGGAAGCAGCGACUAUUUGUGUUUUAUCGACCGUUAUGCCAUCUGAUGAUUUCUCUGAAAUUGCAAAAGAACCUGAAGAAAUUCUAGAAAGCGAUUUGACACCCGAGUCGAUAAUUGCGACCGAAUCUUUGAGUGAAUUGUUGCCAGUCCAGCAACUGGAAGAACACAAAUUAACUGAAUCAUUCGUCGAAGAGCAGGAUAAGGAAGCAUCAAUGGAUUCUUCGGUUGAGAGUCUCUAUCACUCGACGGCAGAUCAGACUUCAGUAAUCACUGAUGUUGAAGCUUCUGAAGAGUUGAAACAAGAAUUUGAGUCGAAAGAACCCGAAUUGACUCACUUAGAUUCUUUUGAGUUAAGCGAAGAUUUCAACGAAGAAAUUGUUGACCAGACAGCAAUUGAACUAGCUCCGAAUGAAUCUGUAGUUCCAGUCGCUGACAUUGCGAGCACCGAUGUUGAUUUUGCUGAGAUAACUUCGGUGCCCCGGGAAUUAGAAGAGUUAACUUUUGUAGAUGCACAAGAACCAGCUGAAGAACUGAGCGAAACUAUUGUAGACCAGGCAGCGGUUGAAUCUGUUGCAGAGGAAUUGAAUUUCCAAGUUGCUGAUUUUGUAAGCGCUGAAUUUGAUUCCGUCUUGAAUGCUUCUAUGCCUCAAGAAACCGAUUCUCUUGACAAGGUUGAAGAAAUAGCAGAAACCGAAGAAAUCUCAACUGAGCAAGUUGAAGUGGCAACUUCAGUAGAUGAAUCAGAAUCUGCAGUUGAAAUUGCUACUAAUUCGGACCUCUCCUUGGUAAUGGCAAAGGCAGAUGAAGUUUCCGAAGGACGCUUAUCAUCUUCAAUUGAAGAAAUCAACUCUGUUGAAGAGGCGCAACCUGCCAUUAAGACAGAAGAUAGAGUAUGUGAUUUUGUUGAUGAAGCAACCGCUUCUUGCAUUUUAUCAAGCACUGAACCGUCGAGCAAUUUCUCAGAAAGCUUUAAUGAAGGCGAAGAAUCGGUCGUUGAAAAAGAUAUGACAACCUUGCCUAGCAGUGCUUCUGAAUUUGUUAAUGAAGCAAGUUCAGAGCAGAUGAUGGAAGAACAAAGUGUAUCCGAAACCUAUGUCGGACAAGAAAUAAAAAACAAUUCAUUAGAUUCUUCGGUGGAGAGUCUUCAUGAGUCUGUGGCUAUGCAAGCUCCGGUUGUUUCUGAAUCAGAACCAACUGAAGAUUUGAAACAAGAAGUGGAAUCGAAGGAACCCGAACUGACUCAUAUCGAUGCACGGGAAUCAAUUGAAGACUUGAACGAGACCAUUGUCGAUCAGGAAUCAGCUGAAGUUGUUGCUAAAGAAUUCGAAAUUGCAGCUGCUGAACUUGAAAGCGCUGAAGUUGAUUCGGUCUUGAAUGCUUCUAUGCCUCAAGAAACCGAUUCUCUUGACAAGGUUGAAGAAAUCGCAGAAACCGAAGAAAUCUCAACUGAGCAAGUUGAAAUGGCAACUUCAGUAGAUGAAUCAGAAUCUGCAGUUGAAAUUACUACUUAUGCGGACCUCUCCUUGGUAAUGGCAAAGGCAGAUGAAGUUUCCGAAGGACGCUUAUCAUCUUCAAUUGAAGAAAUCAACUCUGUUGAAGAGGCGCACCCUGCCAUUAAGACCGAAGAUAGAGUAUACGACUUUAAUGAUGAAGCAACCGCUUCUUGCAUUUUAUCAAGCACUGAACCGUCGAACAAUUUCUCUGAAAGCUAUAAUGAAGGCGAAGAAUCGGUCGUUGAAAAAGAUAUGACGACCUUGCCUAUCAGUGCUUCUGAAUUUGUUAAUGAAACAAGUUCAGAGCAGAUGAUGGAAGAGCAAAGUGUAUCCGAAACCUAUGUCGAACAAGAAUUCAAAGACAUGUCAUUGGAUUCUUCGGCGGAGAGUCUUCAUGAGUCUCUGGCUAUGCAAGCUCCGGUUAUUUCUGAAUCAGAACCAACUGAAGAUUUGAAACAAGAAGUGGAAUCGAAGGAACCCGAACUUACUCAUAUCGAUGCACGGGAAUCAAUUGAAGACUUGAACGAGACCAUUGUUGAUCAGGAAUCAGCUGAAGUUGUUGCUAAAGAAUCCGAAAUUGCAGUUGCUAAACUUGAUAGCGCUGAUGUUGAUGUUGCUGAGACCUCUUCCGUGUCUGAAGAAAUAGCAUUUGAGAAUAUCGAAGACUUAGCAAACCAAAAACAAGAGCUGAGUUGCACGGUUGAAGAAAUUACAAGCUUUGAAUACUCUCACGAUCAAAAAUCUGAAUCAAAACUUGAUGAGUCUUUUGUCGAUUUAAUGAAAAACACUGAAAACAAAACUGAGGAGGAAGUAAUAGGUGAAAUGGAACCAUUUGGAGUCGAACAAAAAUCACCUGUCAAGGAAGUUUCCAGAGACGAGACAGCUGAAGAAACAAUUGAUUGCGAUAAAGUUGAGCUUGCAAGCAGUGUUGGUGGAUCGAUGUCUUCUGUAUCUGGAUCUCCCAUUGAGGAUCUCUUCUUAACUCCUGAGGCACAGUCUGAGGUUAAGUUGGAACCCAGUGAGCUCUGCGCUGCAAUGGAAAACCUCAUGUGCCAGGAGCAGAUUGCAGAGUCCGAAGCAAAUAAAAUAUCUGAAACUGGAGAAGUUAUGAGUUACGAGGAACCAAAGAAUGAUCAGAUCAAAGAACCGAUUGUAGAAAAUGUCGAAGAACCUGAAGUGGUCACUUUCCAGGAGCCGGUGAUUCAAGAAUCUUCGCUAGUUGUUGAAGUUGCCAAAGGAAUUGCUUCCAGUUUCGUUAGUGGAUCUGCAUCAUUGAUAGAGUCCGUCACAAAAAUGCUGGAGCCUUCAGAUUUGGAAAUUGAACAAAUGGUUAGCGCUGGAGCAAGCGCACAGCCAGAAAUGGACCCACUUCCUGCGCUGGAAACUGAAGCGCUCCCGAUAAUUGAAGAAUCCUUGGAAGAUUUUGCUGAUAUUGAAGAGCCUUUUGUCGAGAAUGAAAAAUGCGAAGAACCUGUUUUUGAGAAGACCCUUGGCGAUGAAAAGGUUUCUGAAGAUGACUUUACUAGCAUUGGAAUUUCAAGCAGCAGUUCAGCAUCAGAUGAGUUGUUUGAGGAUGCUCCUGAAGAUAAAGCAGCGGAAGAGCAAUUUGAAAUUGUGGACUAUUCAGCUCCCGAACAAGAGAGCUCUAAUAUCGAAGCUAACGAAUCUCUAUUAGAAGAAGACUUCGACAUAAUCGAUAGGCCAGAUUUGUCCUUAAUAGAUAGAGACAUUCCUUUGGGAACUGUUGAAGAUCCAAUUGAGGAGAAACUACCGGAACCAAUUGAUGAUGAUGAUUUUGCCGAAAUCGAGGAUUCUGACGUUGAAAUGGUCGAUGAAGAUGAUUGUUUGGAACGUGUACCUGAAAUGCCGCAGGAACCAGAUAGUUCAACUGAAGAAGAAAUCAGCGACGAUGACAUCUCGGAGAAGUUUGCACCUGAGAACGAGAAAGCCCUAUUACCUGCGCAUCUGUUACUGGAGCAGCUGGAAAACAACUUGUCUGGAUCCCUUCCAGUUGAAACUCCCGAAGAAAGGUCCGGUAAAAAGUUGUCGGAAGCUGGAAGUGCAAUGAGUGGUAACGAGCACUUUGACUUUGAUGAUUCGAACUCGAAGCGAAUCGGAUCUUCUUUGACGAAAGAAACGGUUUCUCAAUUCCAAGACGGGAGUCUGAACGAUUUGUCAAUAACAACCGAAUCCGCGGAAGGUGUAGCGAAAACAGCUGAGUCGGUCAACAACCGAGGUCACGUGAUGUUAGUUGAGAAGCUAGCUAUCGGGAAAUCGAUCACACCUGUUGACUCAGAAACAGAAAGUAUCUCGGAUCUAGAGAAGUACCUUUGCCGAGCUAGACAAUUCUACUCAGAUUCAGAAGUCGUGGCUUGUGAUGAAAAAGUGGAAGUUACUACUUUUGAAGAGCAAGUUGAGGAAAGUGAUAUUCAGAGACGAAUUAAGAUGCCUAGACCUCAGAGUUUCAUCAUAGUUGAGCAGGAAAUCAUCAACAUUCACAAGAAUCGAAAACACAAGAAGCACUCCAGGCACUCGGCCUUUAGGGACUCGAAGAGAAGUAAAAUUGGCGACCAAGUCAACAUCAAAGUCGUGCGAACUCUUUCGGAUGAAGAAAUAAUCGCGAAGCUUGCAUCAAAUGAAGACGUUUCUGAAAGUGUAAUGAGUGACAGCGAGAGCUACAAGACAUGCAACGAAUCGACACCAAGUGUGAGUUACCGAACAGCCGAGAGCGCAAGCGAUGCGCUACGACCAGUCGUUAGUCAUACCACUGUAAGCGAGGCUGUGAGUUUGGACGAUGUGCCCAGUAUCGACCGACACGGAAGCGACAAUAGCAUGAACACUUUCAGCGAGCACGAGUCGUCAGCCUCGGGUGGUCUCCACUCUUUUUCAAACGAAGUAUCAACUAUGCGAAAGAAGAGAGACCUUGCAUUUAACUGGUUGCCGAGAGCCAACAUGGUAGACUAUCACGAAAAGACCAGUGAGUUGUCGGAAAUUCCGAAAGCUCCUAAAAUAUUCACUGAAAUUAUGAGUAACAAAGAGGCGAAGGAGAUCUCACUUGACUCUGGAACCUGUAACUUUUUCACGAUGUCCUGCGAGCGAGCUUCAAUCAGAGAUCACAUUCGAUAUCUAACCGAAGAAGAAAUGUUGAUUACACGUUACUCCAGCGAAAGCGAUUCGAGUCGAAACAACUCGCCUUUCGACACUCCGAAACGAGGCGUGUCUCCUUACAAGAAGGUGCUUAUGGAUGCAACAGUCUGGGUUCCAUUGACAGAAAGAAAAAGAGUGACAAUUAAAGUAGAUGCUUCCGAUAAUGAACAGCAACUGAUUUCUCCUGCGUUGUCGGAACAGUGCUUGGAACUAAUUGAUUCCAGCUCAAGCAGCAGCUUGUGCAGCGACUUAAACGAAUCGAUUCCGAUUAAAUCUAUUCAAAGAGUCCAGUCGAGACGAAUGAAGCCAGAACGAGUCCAAACAACGACUUACAAGGCAGAUAGCAAUAGUAGCGAUCCGGAGUCGAUCACGUUGGGAGAUCUUCAAGAUGCUGGAGCUAUCUCAAAGGACGUUGUGACCCGUGUCAGAAAGAUACCAUCGUCCAAGAAACACACACAUGGCAAGUUCAAACAUGUUCGAAUGACUUUGAGCAUGGAUACUAAGAUGACCAAGAGCAGUUCUAGCUCGGGCGAGAGUGUGACUUCAAUUGAGAAGAGUUCAUCUUUCACAGUCGAAGUGCCACCGAAGAUCAUUUCAACGAUGGAAGAUUUCGUGGUGAGUGAAAACGGAAGCGCUGUGCUUUCGAUUUCGGCCAUGGCGCAACCCAUGGGUACGUUCCAAUGGAUGAAGGGAAACGUGGAGCUGAGAGCGACCUCGGUAGACGGACGUCUUAACGUCAAGAACUCGGACUACUACUCGACUCUCAUGAUCAGCAAGAUUGGCAAGGGAGACUGUGGAAUGUACAUGUGUAAGAUACAGAACUCGGCUGGAGUAUGCUGGCAGACUGCCAAAAUAUCCCAGCUGGAGAAGGGAAAAGACAAGGAGGGAAGUCGCAAGUUCAAAAUCGAAAAAGUGAGCUCCGGACAGAAAAUGUUCUCCAGUCAGGCGGAACCUUCAUUCUGGCGAAAGUGAAGGGACCAACUACUUCUAGAACAAUCUAUCUACCAUCAACUUUACCAUCAACUAGAGCCAUACGAGUAGAGGAGGUUGAGCUUCGGUUGAUCCACACUCAUCAUGACGUCAUUGGAUACUAGGCUAUUCAGAUCGAGUUACUCCGAUACAUCUCACCUGCUACAAUUUAAGGCAGGACUUCUCUGCCCCGGUUGAUCGAGACCUCCGCUUCAAAUUUGGACACUCGCGAAAAUCACUCUGUUCUUCUUCUCAAUUUCUACAGUCAUGCCUUUUCUCGGAGACCCAAAACAAACUGAUUUCGGGACACCAAAGGAAUGCCGCCUCCUAAGGCCUCCCUGGAAACAACAUGAGUCCUUGAUGAGAAUUGAAAUUGAUUCAAAAUUGUUACAAAACUUGAGUGAUGCAGCGAUAACUCUGAUAGCAUGUUUUGUAGCGUUUGAGCGUCUCUCCCGCGCGAUUUGUCUGGUUGCAGACUGAUUGAUUGCUAUUGUAUGAGUUUCUCUCGUUUGGCUAAAAUAGUUCUGAUGAUUUGACAUGCUUGUUUAGCUGGAACCUGAGUGCUCCUUUCUCCUUGUUUGGCUCUAUUUAGCUUAAUUUACAGAUAUAUAUUACAA